AGUAAUUAUCAAAGUUGUUGGCAAUUUUAGUGUAGUUGAAGUAAAACGUUGAAAUAAUAAGAUACAAGUACCACCAGUUUGUUCUUAGGUAUAGCAUUUGAUCACAUGUAUUUAGUUGCUUUCAUAUUUCUGAUAUUGUGAAGCGUGACAUCCAAAAAGCCUCAAAACCAAAAAAUAAUGUUAAUCAAUGAGUUGUUCAAGUCAAAAAUGUCAAACAUUUGUUGCUUCCAGUUUGUCAGAAAUGAGAAUUUACUGAUGUCCAUCAUCUCACAUUUUAUUACAAAACAAAACGCAUCUGAUGGCUCCAGGAAGGCAUGCAGACAGACGGUCAGGAUGCGUGAAUACAAACUGGUUGUUUUAGGAUCAGGGGGAGUCGGCAAGUCAGCUCUGACUGUCCAGUUCGUUCAGGGAAUCUUUGUGGAAAAAUACGACCCAACGAUAGAGGACUCCUAUAGGAAGCAAGUCGAGGUCGAUGGACAGCAGUGCAUGUUGGAGAUCCUGGACACAGCAGGAACAGAGCAGUUCACGGCAAUGAGAGACCUGUACAUGAAGAACGGUCAGGGCUUUGCUCUGGUUUACUCCAUCACCGCUCAGUCGACCUUCAACGACCUCCAGGACCUCAGAGAGCAGAUCCUCAGAGUGAAGGACACCGAGGACGUUCCCAUGAUCUUGGUGGGAAACAAGUGUGACUUGGAGGUGGAGCGUGUGGUGGCCAAAGAGUCGGGCAUCGGCCUCGCCCGCCAGUGGAACUCCUGCGCCUUCCUGGAGACCUCGGCCAAGAGCAAGAUCAACGUCAAUGAGAUCUUCUACGACCUUGUGCGACAGAUUAACAGGAAGAGUCCAGUUCCAGGGAAAGCUCGCAAAAAGUCCACCUGUCAGCUUCUCUAAUGACAGUUUUCUGCUCACCUGACCAACAACCAACCAACCAACCGAUCACAGGACAUCUUCCAGCUGGCCACGCCCCUUUAACACAGCCAUGUCAUCAUCAACAUCAGCCACCUGUGACCUCUGUUACCUUGACAACCACAUCUCCCAUCCCCCUACCAUGCUGUCUAACAGAGACUGUUGCCUUGGAAACAUUUAAACCAAACAUCAAAAGACUGCACUGGUAGUGCUGAUGAUGAUGACGAUUCUUCUAUUGCGGUAAUGGGGAUGUACCCAAAUUUAAACCACGGUUCCCAUCAUGCUCUCUGUUUGGCCAUUUUGUGGUGGGGAGUGGCUUCUUCCUUUUUAGUUUUAGAAGUUUUUCAUUUCCUUUCUUUUCAUUUCCUUUUCUUUAUUUUCCUGCAGUCCCGAGCCAGCUUGACCACUUCACCGUCAGCCAUGUUGCCGCCACAGUUACCAUGGUGAUGCAGUGGCUAACGUGGCUGACUCUGUGUGCAUGGCUCUGGUUGAACCUGUGGAUCCAUAUAGUGAUUAUUAUUAUUAUUGCAGUGGUUAUUAUUAUGAUUCUGUGUGAAAAGAUUUAAAAGUCAUUUAAUGUUUUUGUUUUGGGGUGGGGGUGCAGCAGGUUGUGGGGUCAGCUCACCGUGCUGGUAGCUUUGAGCUAGUCUAAGUUAUCUGACUGCUGUAAGUGUGAGUCUGCAAUAUUCUGAGAUGCACACACAUGCUAUUUCUUGGGCGUUUUCUGUGAUAGCAUAUUUUUAAAAAAAUUAAAGUGUCUUUAUAACUUUGGGCUACCUUGUUCAGCUACCAGAAUGGAUUAGCUAACAAUGCUUUUGUACUUGUUUGUCAAGAGUUAGCAUUGUUAGCAUAUUCAAAAAAAAAAAAAAAA